AUGAGUACAAGUGACAAAAGUAUGCAAUAUGAUAAAGAAUUUGUUAAACGUCCAAAAGAAAGAAAAAAUCAUUUGGCUAGUCGAGUCAAUAAAUUUCAAGAAAUAGUUAAUCAAACUGGUGCACCACCAUCGGCUGAUCAAGCUGAUUUAGCUCAUCGUGGGCAUGAAGUUCGAGAACAAGUUUUAGAAGAAAUGAAACAAUUAUGUCAAAUAAUUCAAAGUAAUGGACAAAAACAAGAAGAUGGAACAAUAACAAUAACAUUUGGUGAUUUAUUUGAAAUUUAUACAAAUGUUUCAGAUAAAUUAGUUGGUAUUUUAUUAAAAGCACGUAAACAUGGUUAUUUAAAAUUUCAAGGCGAAAUGUUAUUACAACAUAGAGAUGAAAAUGUUAUUAUUAAUCUCAUUCGUUUACCGUAA